ACAACUUGCAUUAAUUGUACGAGAGUCCUUUUUGUCUUGUAAAUUUGUAUACUCCGAUCUUACACUUUUGAGUCUACAAAAAUUUGAAUCCACAAAAUUGCUUGACAAAAAAGUUACUCUCGUACAAUACAUGUGACACAAAAUAAAAUUUUGCCCAUUUACUUUACUUCCGUAGCUUUCCUUCCCAUUACAACCUUCCUUGUUCUUUUCUAAUUGUCUCCCUUCCUCUCCUCUUUGCCUCUUUAUCCAUCUGUAUCGGAAUUCAAAGCUUUACUAUUACUACUAUCUAAAGUUUUCUUAUCCAUAAUCAAGAAAAGAAUAUAUAGCAUCGAAUCUCUGCAAAAACAAUUUGAAACCCCAUCACGCAACUCUACGUAUUCCUUCUUUUCUCUUUGUAUAUAUACAGUAACCCCCCACCAACCACCCAUAAGGAGGACCUACCUGAAUUUUCUUGAAAUACCCAAAAAAAUGAGAAUUUUCAGUUUCUUGAUUCUGUUUAGUUUCGCCUUUGGACAUGAAAAUCUUAAUACCUUAAUUGUUGAGUUCCCUGAAAAUACUGAACCCCAAUUGAAGGAAACCAUUAUUGAUGUUGAAUUAGAGUGUACAAGUUGGAGGUUUGCUGUGGAGGCUAAUAAUUUAAGCCCAUGGAAGACUAUUCCAAAGGAAUGUGCUGAUUACGUGAGGCAAUAUAUUAAUGGCGGGGCUUAUAAGUUGGACAUUGAUAGAGUUUCAAGUGAAGCUGGAGCCUAUGCAGAAAGCAUGAAAUUGGGCGCAGAUGGAAAAGAUGUAUGGAUUUUUGAUGUUGAUGAGACUUUGCUUUCAAAUCUUCCCUAUUAUUCGCAACAUGGCUAUGGGUUGGAGGUAUUUGAUAGUGUGAAAUUCGAUGAAUGGGUUGAGAAGGGAGUGGCACCAGCCAUUGGGUCAAGUUUGAAGCUUUAUCAAGAUGUUAUGAGGCUAGGAUUCAAAGUGUUCUUGCUUACUGGGCGUAGUGAAAGACACAGAAUUGUUACAGUGGAGAAUUUGAUGAAUGCUGGUUUUCAGGAUUGGGACAAGCUGAUACUGAGGGGCUCGGAGGAUCAUGGAAAAUCAGCCACAAUUUAUAAAUCAGAGAAAAGGGAUGAGAUGGUUGAAGAGGGGUUUAGAAUAGUAGGCAACUCUGGAGACCAGUGGAGUGAUCUGUUGGGUUCCUCUACUUCUAUUCGCUCGUUCAAGCUUCCUAACCCAAUGUACUACAUUCCUUGACAUGCAUGCCAAUAUUUUUCUCCUGUCCAGUGGCUAAGCUGCUGCGAAAAAUGGAAUUAUAUUUCUUCAUAAUUCUUUGGACUCAAGAAAAUCGAUGAAUUAACUAAUAUACUGUGUCCUACAUUGUGCCA